AAUCCCGCGAUAUCUGCCUUUGAUCUCGAAGGUGUCUGACCCUCCACGAGAUGUGAGAACUGUCCGACUUGACAAUUGUUAUUUAUUUCACUCUUUCCCUGACUACAGUCGCCUACUCUCGUCUACUUUCAAGGCGAGGCGUUUGGUAUUUCGAGCGAGCCUAUUGACUGAAAUGAUUGACAGCUGUCAGAACAAGUAGCGCUUUCAUUCACGUCACGAGGUGUGAGCGUGUAGAGUAUUAUUCAUAGAAGGCGCUGCAGAUGAAUAGCAUAACUACUGAUAAAACAGAAAGUCACUGUCGCUCGAUGCUAACCAAAUGCAUCACACUGUGUUGUAUCUCAGGUUUUGCUGGAUCUGGACAGACACACACUGAUCAUGAGCACAGAGACUCAUGUAAAGGACAUUAAAGCUGGACUCAAGAAUCUCAAUGUCAUCUUCAUUGUGCUGGAAACAGGCCGAGUGACGAAGACCAAAGACGGACAUGAGGUGCGCACGUGUAAAGUGGCCGACAAGACAGGUAGCAUCAGUAUAUCAGUUUGGGAUGAAGUUGGGGGACUCAUUCAGGCUGGUGACAUCAUCAGACUUACCAAAGGGUAUGCCUCAGUUUUUAAAGGCUGUUUGACACUGUAUACUGGAAGGGGAGGCGAGCUACAGAAAAUCGGCGAGUUCUGUAUGGUGUACUCUGAGGUGCCAAACUUUAGUGAACCAAAUCCAGAAUAUUUGGCCCAGACGAAUAAAACAGUACUGAAUGACCAGAGCAAUGUGAACAGCAGCACUGCUGCCUCUGCAGGGAACGACACUGCUAAUGGGGUGAAUUUUCAAAGCUCUGGUAACUCCACUAAUGGACAGCCGAGUGGACGAGUGAGUAGCGGAAAUGGAGACAGAUGGACACCUAGUCCAGGUGUGGGAGGAAGUGCCGUAAGCAAUGGGAAAGAGAUGCAGCGAACAGUGAAAAGAUGAUUUAUGUGUAGUCGUUGAGCAGCAGAAUAAUUUCAAAAUGGUUUUUGUGAUCAACUAUUUGAACUAUGCGUCAUCUGAAGACAUAUUUAGCUAAACUUUGAGCAUUUCUACGUUGAAGUAGACAUACUUCCUGUAUGUUUGUAUUACUCUAUAUUUUUGAUUAUGCAGUUAACUGUAUGUGAUGUCACCUAUCAGUUAUUGCUUAAUUGGUGAAGUGCAGCCUGUUUUUUUAAUGUUUAACCUUAGCAUGGACACACCAACCUGUUAUAACAGUUUCAAGCAUAAGUAUAGUAUAGUAAACUUGUGGCAAUCAAUUACAAAUUAACAUUCAAUUAUUAUUUAACUGACAGUUUUAUUUGUGUUUAAAUUAGACAAGAAUUACCACAGUUGCCAAACUUGGUAGAGUAGAUGCUGUGUGGAUACAGUUCAUGUUUGAAGCAUGUUAUGCCAUUGACAACUGAAAUUAUUAACUGAUGAAAAUUGACCAUUAGCAACCAUGUUUGUUCAUAUGUCCAGUUGAUAGUUUAGGAUUAUGUUAGCAUGCCAAAAAUAUCCUUAAACAGUUGAGCAGUU